AUGCCAGUGGAAGAAAUGUUGGUCGACUUGGCCGCAUGUUUUGAGUAUCUGAGCCUACUUGAUGGCUACUCCGGCUACAAUCAGAUUCUCAUUGCCGAAGAAGAUGUCCCUAAGACAGCGUUUCGAUGCCCUGGUGCACUGGGGUCAUACGAGUGGGUCGUCAUGCCGUUUGGUUUAAAAAACACAGGAGCAACUUACCAAAGGGCCAUGAAUGCCAUCUUCCGUGACUUCAUUAAGAAGUUCAUACAGCCUAUUCUACAUAGUAGAAUUGGGAAAUGGGCAUUGGCGUUGACAAAGUUUUCUCUAACUUUCAAGCCUUUAAAAGCCAUGAAAGGCCAGAUCGUGGCAGAUUUUAUAGUGGAUUAUGUCAUGGUCUAA